GCCACCUCGCGCGAGUACCCCCCAGGUCAAGACUGAAGAUGUCCGACUCAAAGAGCGGUUGCUUCGGCGGGCUGUUGGCUAACCUGGGCAGGCGGCGCAGCAAUGCGCCGGUGGUAGAGCCCUAUCCGUAUAUCACCAACCCGAGCUACUCAGGUUCGAGCCGGACAUUGAGAGAAGGAGAGGGAGACUUUGGAGGGUAUCUGCACAAGUCUUGCUGCGACUUUGGAAUUCCGACUGGGAAGGAUGUCUACUGUGUAGGAGGAAGUGAGAAGAGCAAGACUCUUCCCGAUUGCAUCGAGUCGGAGGAGACGGAGAUCUACAGGCCUGAGGUCAUGGCUACUAUCGAGUCUUCUCUGGACAGGUUCAGUCCUGAGUUGAGGAAACUGAGCUUGGAUAUACAUGACCACCCCGAACUCGGCUUCCAAGAAAAGCGCACCCACGACACCCUCACCGCUUUCAUGUACUCUCACGGCUUCAAAGUAACCAAGCACUAUCUCGGCCUCGACACCGCCUGGAGAGCAGAGUGGAGUCAUGGCAAGGGAGGUAGGGUUCUCGGCGUGAACUCUGAGAUGGAUGCGCUCCCAGGCAUCGGGCACGCAUGCGGGCAUAAUUUGAUCGCCAUCUGUGGGGUGGGCGUGGCGCUGGCUCUGAAAGACGCAUUGCAGAAACAUGACAUUGCUGGGAAGAUUGUCUUGCUCGGCACUCCUGCCGAGGAGGGAGGAGGAGGGAAAAUUAUCCUCAUCGAGCGUGGAGGAUAUAAGAAUAUGGAUGUAUGUCUAAUGUCUCAUCCUGGCCCCGGACCCAACCACUCAAUCGGCAUCGGCCCCUCCCUGGCCGUCCAGUCAAUUGAGAUAGAGUACCACGGUCACACAGCACACGCAUCUGCCUCCCCAUGGGAGGGCAUAAACGCGCUCGACGCAGCGUUCUUAGCGUACUCCAAUGUCGCUGUGCUCCGUCAGCAGAUCAAGCCUACGCAUCGCGUGCAUGGUGUCAUUCGAGGCGGGAAGGACGAGUUAGCGGCAAAUGUGAUCCCUGACUAUACUAAGAUGCUCUGGCUCGUACGGGCGCCCAGCUAUGCUGAGCUCGAGAUACUACGGGAACGUGUGAAAGCUUGUUUCAGCGCUGCAGCUCAAGCGACGGGAUGCAGGAUGAACAUGACCGUCGGGAUGGCGCAGUAUGAUCUCAGACAAAACAGUGUUCUUGCCAAGACGUAUGGACGGAUCAUGGGUGCGAGGUAUGAUUGGAGGACGACUAUGGCUGAAGGCGCCAUAGGUGGUUCGACGGACUUCGGAAAUGUCACAUAUGAACUUCCUGCCUUACACCCAUCAUACGCAAUACCAACCGAGGCCAACGGCGGUAAUCACACUCCAGGUUUCACAGCCUCCGCGCGAACGAAGGAGGCACACGAGCUAUGUCUGACGGUCACGAAAGGGCUCGCCGCCCUUGGAUUCAGAGUGCUGGAUGACGCGGACUUCACCAGCGCGGUGAAGAAGGCCUACGAGAGAGAGAAGAACCUGAGGGAUCGGUAGGGUCCUUAGUUCUACAGUGAAGUAUAUCUGUUGUAAAUCAUUUAUGCGGUCUUCCCCAGUCGGGGUCUCUUGAUAAUUGCAAUCUCAUGGGAACGAAUGUCCCUUCCAACCCCGUUGAUAGCCACAUAUUUUUGCUGUAUCAAAGUGUAGACUGUAGGCGAUAGCAACAACACGGAAGGUACUAUGAUACAAAUUCAACAGUAUCAGCGA